UGGCUGCCGCGCCUGCGUCGGGCACAGGCUCCGCUGGGGCGUCUGGGCGGGCCCCGCCAGCCUCUGCGCGCUGCCGGGCUGCGAGGUGUGGGAGGGCUUGCAUCCUGAGCAGGGUUAGCCCUCAAACCCUUUUGAUGUGGAAUCCUAACUUCAACUGAAGAGCCUGCUUGUCUUGGUGCACCUACCAGGGGCAAAGAUGGACUAUGUUCUGAAUUACGCAGAUUAUUAUUUUUUCACCCCAUACGUCUAUCCAUCUACAUGGCCAGAGGAUGACAUUUUCCGACAAACUAUUAGCCUCCUGAUCGUGACAAACCUUGGUGCUUUUGUUCUUUAUUUCCUCUGUGCGACACUGAGCUAUUACUUUGUCUAUGAUCAUUCGUUAAUGAAACAUCCACUAUUUUUAGAGAAUCAAGUCUAUCGAGAGAUUAAGUUCACUGUCCAGUCAAUGCCAUGGAUCAGUAUUCCCACUGUCGCCUUGUUCCUGCUAGAGGUGAAAGGUUACAGCAAAUUGUAUGACAACAUAGAGUUUCCACAUGGCUGGUUUCACCUCAUUGUUAGCAUAAUAUCCUUCCUCUUUUUCACGGACAUGCUGAUCUACUGGAUUCACAGAGGCCUUCAUCAUAAACUUAUAUACAAGCAUGUACAUAAACCUCAUCAUAUAUGGAAGAUUCCUACUCCAUUUGCAAGUCAUGCGUUUCACCCUUUGGAUGGCUUUCUUCAGAGUCUACCUUACCAUAUAUACCCUUUUAUUUUUCCAUUACACAAGUUGGUUUACUUAGGUUUGUACAUCGCUGUUAAUGUCUGGACAAUUUCCAUUCAUGAUGGUGAUUUUCGUGUCCCCCAGAUCCUCAGGCCCUUUAUCAAUGGCUCAGCACAUCACACAGACCACCACCUGUUCUUUGACUAUAACUAUGGGCAGUAUUUCACCUUGUGGGAUAGAAUUGGAGGCUCAUUCAAAAAUCCCUCCGCCUUUGAGGGGAAGGGGCCACUUAGUUAUGUGAAGAGUGUGACAGAAGAAAAGUGCAGUAACCCAUCAAAUGAUUAUAAAAAUGAAAAAUUCCACAAUGGCGUGCUCACAAAGAUAGAGUAGGUUAUCGCCCAAAUGUUAGUACUUGUAAUAAGGAGAAAUAGUUGAUACCCAGUGAAGACACAUGGCAAGCAGAUGGCAUCGUUUGAAAGUCAGCAUUGUGCACACUGCUGAGGAGCGUCCAUUAUGGUGGAUCAGAAGAAGAUGCUGCAAACACCAAGAUUCUCAUACCAUGUUUCAAGUACUGAGUGUUGGUCCAAGGACAAUUUGUAUCUUUUCAACCAGCAAAUCUUGUUUUUAUAGCCUCAACAGUUUUAAAGAAAGAAUAAACUAGGGAGGGGACCUGGCUAUUUACACUUUUGCCUUAAUCCAUAUUCAGCAAGAAAAAUUCAUUGUAUUCAGUAAUACCAAGACUUAAAGUACUAUAACCAAGAAAUACUAAUGUGAAGAUGGUUCCUUGUUAGAGGAAUGGUUAAUUUUUCAGUAUUAGUGUGAUAAUGACUAUUGUAGUAUUUUGCGCAAGGAGAAACAUCAGUUUGAAAAGUCUGAUGUAUUAGUGGUUAUACCAGUGACAGUAGCAGGUGUAAGAUUAUUGUUUUCCGAUAAAAGCCUCAUUUUAUGGGGAUAUCGUCCAAUUUUCCAUCUCACUAAUGAAUAAAUUGGAAUUUUAAAGACAUAAUCAGUUCUACCAUGAUUUAAAUCAGAUAUCAGAUUUUUUAACUGAAGAUAUUGAUGGUUACCCUUUGAAACUAUUUAAUAAGCAUAGAUGUUAGGAGACAGUAUAGUUAGGGGAAUUUGAUGUUCAAAUAAUAUAUUUGGCACUGCUGACUUUUUAAAUAAAUCAAUGCACUGCACUUUUGAUACUUUUGAAAGUUACAAACCUGUCUCAUAACAGGAAAUAAUUGCCAAAUGUUUAGGUCUAUCUUUGAAAAUGUGUGCAUAAAUCUCAUGCUCUUUCUCUGUCAUUGAUUUCUCACAUUGUCUUUUCAAAAUAGUUGAAUACUUUCACUAAAAGCUUGUAUGUUGUAAUAUAAAUGCAUUGGAAAAACAAUUUUAAAGAUACUCUUGCUAUUUAUGUAAAAUCAAUAAAAGUUGAUCAUACUGUUA